GGGCGGGGGAGGCGUUCUGGUGAAUAUUCACGCGGUCGCGGCGUCCGGGCUCGGACUUUCCUGGUCUUUGAAACAGGCGUCUGCGUGCUGAUGUCCGUCGGGGCUGCUCCGUGGGGCGAUCCCGCUCGUGAACCACGAGUUCCCAGUUGGCACGGACCGAAAGCGCCCUCGGGAAUGGUCUGCCAACUCCGCAGGAAAUUCAGUGCCUGGGUGUUUUCUAGGCACUGUUUAAUUUGCUAGAGUAGAUGUUGGAUUUUCUCAAAUGUGAGCAGGGAGUAUCUCUGCUCAUCCGACCUCCUUGCACGCCGUGCAAAGGCAGGAGCUUCAGCCAUCCUCUCCCAAACACCUGCACCAGGGAAAACAUGCACCCCUGAAGGGCACAAAAAUGAGCAAAGAUGUGUGUGCACAUGACCUAUCGCAUGCUUUAUUAAUUUCUGUACAAAACUAUACAUGCAUGGGUACACAUAGGUAAGUUUUUGGAUCUGCUGUGUCGAAGAGAAGUCUGCAGAUAGUGGAGCAACUCACCUUGACCUUCAAGGCUUCAGGUUGGGGCGAAACAGUCCCUGCAGACUUUGUGUCCUGCAGGUUUCUUCUGAUGAGAGAGGGUCUGGAGUACAGGUACUGAUUGCUCCCCACUACUGGUUGUUCUCUGCCGCUACUCUAAAAAAUACUCAUCUGUUUUCUUGUCUUCUCACAGCUUGAAAGUUAACUUAUAUUGCUCACCAGUAACUAAGGAAUUGCUGUUGACUAGCUCAAAAUACAAAUUUUGGGAGAAUCGCAUUACAAGGCUUAAAUCCUUCUAGCCAAAUGGAAGCUCAAGAAAGACUUCUGGCAAGCAGAAACUUGUUUUCUUUGGGGAGUUACAGCCUGGAGUCUCCUUAAAGAGGUUGUAAUGGUGGGUCUUAAGCUCUGUGUCCAAAGAAACUCAUACGAGGGGGAGCUGGGAGGUGGUUACACACAUGGUAAGUCUGGGUACAAAGAAAGAGAAGUAGGGCACUUGUCCAUAUGAGGUCCUAGUUUAAUUGUGAAGGCAGAUGAGGAAGAAGGUAACUGGCUGCAUAUGAAGCCUUUAGAGACUGAAAGAUUUCAUGAUUUAGGGGAAUUAAUGUGAUCCUGGGCUCUGUAAAAAGGUCUCUGAGCAAUCAUUAGGAAUGUGUUAUGCUCCUAGGGAGCAUAAAGGGUGGAAUUUCUUUUUUUUUUUUUUUUUUUUUCCUUUUUUGAAGCUUUGCUUCCAGUAUCUUUUAAGAUUGACCUAGAAGAAGAGGCCCCUUGAGAGGGUAUGUGUAGUAGGAGUUUGUAUGGGCAGUAAAGGUAGGCAGUGUUAGUCCUGGAGUUCUUGUUUGAGAAACUCUUUAUCUGGGAAGAGACCGCAAAGUUUCUCAAGGUACCAUCCAAGGUGGAGGUACACUUAAGAGCACAUUGAGCAUGUGGAAUUAAGAUCAGCCUCGUGAGUUCAUUCAGGUUCAAGAAAAAAUGCAGGUGAUAGAACUAGUAUUGAUUUUUUUAAAAAAGGACUCUUGCUAUCCAUUUGAAUUCUUAGUAUAAAAUGCUUUUUGACAUGUGUAUCUGUUUUGGAGCAAGGAAGGAAUUUGAUAGUUGGCUGACUGAUGUUGUGGUUUCUGGCAGAGAUGCCAAAUGUUACAGGCUUGUGUAUGUACCAGCUGAAAGGAAUGCUUAGAGCUGCACAGAAAUUUGGGAUGUGGUGUCUUGUGAAUCCAUCUAAUGCAGGCAAACCCCAGACUGCUCAGAUGAGAAGCUAGAGGUUACAGCUAGAAGGGUGAUGACAGGAGUCUUUCCUUCCACUUUAGCUUUUUUUGGCAGGAAAAUUGCAUAUAAAUAUUGGCUGAAAGAAAGAGAAAAGGGUGGGUGAGGGUGAGAGAGGAGCCUGCUGAGCAGCAUUAACCUUGCAGAGGGCCACAAAGCAUCUAUGUUCAAGGUCUCUGGAUUUUAGUAGAGGAUGAAGCAAAACAGGGGAUUAAUCACUGUCUAUAGCUUUUCUAAAAAAACAAAACAAACAAGAAAAAAAAACAAAAAACCCCAGAAGUUUCUGCUGCAUGUGACUUGUCAUUAACAGAAGCAGAGGCCACAAGCUUGCAGAAGUAAUUGGGAACAGUGAGGGCAAGUUGUGCUGUAGCAGCACAGAGACCUGUCCUAGCAAAUCCAUUGGUUUGCUCUGGGAAUGGAGUAUCUUAGGCUCUGCGCUCUUCCAAAAAUAAGGUAUGUGAUCCAGCCAGAGAAAGCCAACCUGAGCUGUGUUAAGGUCCAGUGCUUGUCUUUUUUAGGCAUGUACACCUUAAUCGGGGUUUUUCCAUUUCAUUUUUAGAUACCAACUUUUUUUCAAUGGAAAUGCAUAACUUACUAGAGGGAAAUGGGCUUAAUUUUACAGGCUUAGCAUUAGCCACAGUGGGUGCUAAAGAUGUCUGUGUAGUGAAUAUAUAGCCGUAAAUAUGAAACAAAAUGUUCAGUACAUCUUGUGAUGCAUUUAUUCACUUUGUUACAGGUUGCUUUGGAAAUUGAAACUCCCACUCAGAUUUCUUUAGUAGAUGAAACAUCUGGUGAGAAAGAAGAUAUAGAGGUGACACUUCUACCAGCUGGUCACUGCCCAGGAUCAGUUAUGUACGUCCUUUCAACGCUCCAAGUGUCUCUGCUGGGAAAUCUGUCCUAUAACGUCCUCAAUAAGUUUUUGUUUCAAGGUGAAAAUGGCACUGUGCUGUAUACAGGGGAUUUCAGGCUUGCAAAAGGAGAAGCAGCCAGAAUGGAGCUUCUGCAUUCAGGGACCAGAGUAAGAGACAUCCAGAGUGUGUAUUUGGACACCACUUUUUGUGAUCCCAAAUUUCAUCAUAUACCAAGCAGGGAGGAGUGUUUAAAUGGGAUCUUAGAGUUAGUACGAAGCUGGACCAUGCUGAGUCGCUAUCAUGUUGUGUGGCUGAAUUGCAAAGCUGCCUAUGGAUAUGAAUAUUUAUUCACAAACCUCAGCGAGGAACUUGGAAUCAAGGUGCAUGUGAACAAACUUGACAUGUUCAAAAAUAUGCCAGAAAUCCUCUACCAUGUUACUACAGAUCGAAACACUCAAAUUCAUGCCUGUCGACAUCCUCGGGAUGAUUAUUAUUUUCGAGGGAACAGACUGCCAUGUGGAGUGACUUCCCAAAAUGGAACUCCCUUGCACAUAAUUAGCAUCAAACCGUCCACUAUGUGGUUUGGAGAAAGGACCAAAAAAACAAGUGUAAUAGUGAGGACUGGGGAGAGUUCAUACAGAGCUUGUUUCUCUUUUCACUCUUCAUACAGCGAGAUUAAGGAUUUCUUGAGCUAUAUCUGUCCUGUGAACGUGUAUCCCAAUGUAUUGCCAGUGGGUCUGAGAGAAGACCAAGUUAUUGAACUAUUAAAGCCAUUAUGCAGAUCAUACAGAAGAAACAUGGAACCCAAAUACAAGCCCUUAGGAACACUGAAGAGAGUCCACAAAACAGACUUAUCUGACACAGAUGAAGAUGAUCUCUUUGAUACAGAACUAACUUCUGUAAGGCCUAAGAUUCCAAAACAGCAGGCAGAGAGCAGGCCGUUUAAGACACCAUGUGAAAAUGCAGAAGGAACCAAUGAGAACACAGAAAGUUACGAAGCAACCACAACAUAUACCUCUCACAAGGUAGACUUCAUGGACUGUGAAGAAUCAAACGACGACGACGAUGAAGAUGAUGAUGAAGAACCUGAAGAAAAUACAGUUGAAGUUCUUUCCCAUGGCUCAGAUGCCACAUCUGCAUCAAAUUCCAGUGGAAAAAAACACUCAGACUUGACCUCUGGGGUAACUGGUGACCAACAGGAGCCUAAUGCACACUUACCCCGCUGGGAUGCGUUUUUUAAGUGUAACAGAACAGAUGAAAGCUCUGAAAACGAGGACAACUUUCCAUCUUCAGCAGAUGCUGGUGGGUCCCAGUCACUCUUCAGCGAUUCAGAAGGAGUAAGUGACUCAACACACAUCUCCUCCCAAAAUUCUUCUCAGUCAACGCACAUAUCAGAGCAGGGGAGCCAGGGCUGGGAUAGCCAAAUGGACACAGUACUCAUUACCUCGCAGGAGAGAAAUGCCUUUGACUUCAGCUGCUUCAACAAAGGUGGGAGCAGAACAGGAGUUUCUGUAUCACAUGAAACCACCAAAGAUAAUCAGACUGAAAACAGUAGGUGGAAGCCAGUGGGGCAAAACAGAUCUUCUGCGUAUGAUGUUGUCCAUGACUUGAAAAGCAAAGACUGUGAGGAAGAUGCAGAAACUGGCAGUGCUCAAAUUCAAGAUGUGCUAUUUGAAGUAAGUGACAGUUCCAGGACUCCUGAUCUAGAACUGAAGAAAGACUCUCAGAGCUCUUCUGACUUUGAAAUUCCAUUGACUCCUGAUGCUGAACUACCUCAGCCAGAUAAACUGCGCAGUUUAUAUAGGAAGCUAGCAGCAGGUGAAAACAUACUGAAUGAAAAAAUCUCUUCUGAAAACAGGUUUAAGUGAUUACAUCAUGAAAAUAAAUACUGUAAUUUGUUCUUUAACCCCCCCAAAUAUUCUUAUCUUUAGUGCUAAGUAUUUUCUUGCACAGUAAUCUGUGCAAUUCUUCAAACAUAUAUUAUUAUCAUAAAUAGACAGUUGCAGCCUAACUUUUUUUUCCCCCCUUCCAUGAAAUAUCAAAAAGAAAGUAUUCCUAAAAGGGACUAUAAAAGCCUUCUACCUCAUACAGUUCAGUUCUCUAGGAGCAUAAGUGGAUAGAAAUUAGACCAGACAAAACGAAGACUGGAACACUAAAUGAAAUUUAGUGGGUUUUUUUCCUUUUUAAAUUAUAAACUCUAAGAGUUUGCCUUUGAUACAGACGCGUGUGAUCUCAAGCUUUAAUAAAAUAUUUUUAACUGUGGGAAAGAAUGUGCUCCCUUUCAUGAAUGAUCAUGCAAAUAUAGUAGUUACACUUCAACUGUAUGAGAUCUGAGUUUUCACUUUUUUAAUAAACAACAGCAGAACAGAGAA